CUCGUUGAUUUAUUCAAGCCCAUGAAGUCUGGCAGGAAGAUCUUCAAACACUGCAAGGCUUUCACUGAGAGCAUGGUGGCUAAGCGGUACAUGGGUGCUGAUGAGAUGUCAGAGUGUGUGCAAGACUUCUACCAGCACUUGUCAGAGCACCUUGAGACUCAGCUCAACUGUUCGUCAGAUCAUGCACAGGACGUUAUGGAUGAUGUAGAGAAGUACGUGAUGACUCGUCUCUACAGUUCUGUGUUCUCUUCUGAAACCACAAAUGAUGAGAAAAAGGAUCUGGCCAUUCAGAAGAGAAUAAAAGAUUUGCAAUGGGUCACUCCUGAGAUGCUGGGCUCUCCACUAGAGGAGGAGAGCCUUGAGGUUUCGGAUCACGUACUCAAAGCCAUCAUAGAUUUAACUGAAAUGGAUUUGAAGCAAGUGCCCAAAGACAAACUGCGGUGCAUAACUAGCUGCAGCAAGCACGUCUUUAAUGCCAUCAAAGCCGAGACGAAAAAGACUGUGUCUGCGGACGACUUCCUCCCGACGCUCAUCUACCUCGUGCUAAAAACAAACCCUCCACGACUCAUAUCCAACAUCCAAUACAUCAUCCGCUUCGGCAACUCCAUGAACCUCAUGUCCGGAGAGGAUGGAUACUACUUCACUACACUAUGCUGUGUGCUGAACUUCAUUGAGAACCUGAAUGCUCAGUCUCUGAACCUGAGUUCUGAGCAGUUUGAGCGCUACAUGUCAGGCCAGGCGCCCCCCCACUGGCCAAAGACCAACGGAGCUUCCUCUUCAGGCAGCGCAGCUCUCAGUCAGGUCAACACACGGCUAGUCCAGCUCAAGGAGCUUGAGGAAAGGCAGGGAUGUGUCAUGGAGAUCGCUGGCCAAAUGAAGGGCGACCUUAUCGACUUCACAGAUGAACUGGAGAUGCAAGACCUCAUUUCAACCACAGUGAUCGGGUCUGCAUCACACUCAUCAAUUGACUCUGAUAUCAUUGAGAAUGAGCUCCUGCCUCAGCCACUGCAGCCGUGGGAAACACAGACAGAUGCUGGCGAGGGACAACAUGCUGUGGAGUCUGCUAUCAUGAUGAUUAACAUGGGCAGAGGAGCUAGUGCCACUGGUGCUUUGUAUCCCCCCCUCAAGGACCGGAUCCCAGACGGUCCAAAACGUGAACCGAGUUGGGAGGGAGGAGGGGGGAACCGGAGGAGGGACUCCGGGACGUGCCCAGGUUCUCGGACCGACGGCUCCGUGGCCGCCUCGGAACCUGGCACAAUGUCUCAGGUGGACGGCCCAGAGGCCGGACAGGAACGAAGCACGGGGGCUCCUCAGGAGGGCGGCCCGGAGGCCGGUCAGGGUACUCUGCAGAAGUGUGUGCCGCCUCCCUCCGAUGACUCUGUAGAGGCGUGGCCAGGGACAGCUCACCACCUCACCUGCAGCUCAUUCGCUGAUCAUCGGCAGGAUAUCCACUCUGGUCGUUCUCCCAGUCAUCGCCAACCCGGUUCACUGGAGCCGAACAUCAACAGAGACCCAGAAAGAGGCUCUGGCUGCACUGCGGUCGCCCCGGCUACACCCUCGUCCUGUGCUCUAAUCGGCCGAAAGAUAAGGCUCAUCAGGCAGAGGAGGCACCCUGUUGAGCCAGACACAAUCCUCAACCAGCAGAGCCCAUCCCAAACUCUGCUACACGCCAAGAGCAACAUCCCUCUCGCCCCACUUCCUGAACCCAUAGAGGAGUAUGCCUGA